AUGCCGCAAGUCACCCCACGAGAUGGUCGACUCUCGCAGAAAGCUUUGAGUUCGGUGGGCAGAACUCUCCGUCCACCUGAGGGCUCACCGUUUUCGCGCUUCAGUCGACUCGCGCACCAACUGGCAGUAGUCGCUGUUUCGAUCCUGUACGUCGAGAUCUCGCUCAAUUCCUUUUCGACUGCGAUGAUCAUACUCCACGGCUCCGUGUCGCACAACUUGCCCGUCGACACCCACACGUCAAGUCUGAUCAAUGGCUACGCCGGCACCACGACAAUCCAGCAGAGUCCUCUCGUCCAGCAAGUGAUCGGACUGUACUACCUCACGCGUCGAAAGAGCAAUCACUCGGACGUGCUUCUGCUGUCCACUUCGCUCUCAGUUCAAGACUAUGAAGUGGAGAAGCAGUUUCAAAAGGGACCUGGCAUGGUAGUGUCGGUCGCGGCCAUCAAUGACAUGCAAGCCACUACAGUGAGCCACGACAUCGCGGUCGCGUAUAACUACCCUGACCCCACUGCGCGGUCGAACAUCGAGAUCGCGCAUUUGGAGUUGCCGAGCAGCCCAGCGGCGGAAUUGGGCACUUGGAUAUGGCACAGUCGAGCUGUACUACACGACUCGUGGGCCUGGACGCACGCUAUCCACGGCAUUUUUGCGCUCAGCGUCAUCUUCAACCUAAGCGUGCUGGCCUUCGUGAUGUAUCGGCGCAUGCGCAUGGGCCACUUCUGGGUUGGAGACGCAUUCUCCACGAUCUCCAACAUGCUCUUGUACCGCGGCUUGCUGGUUAUGGUCUGCAACCACAUGAACGGCUACUGGACGAUCACCAAGAUGUGUAUCUCCGUUGGAGACUCGGUCACAGGACUGCACGCCAUCUAUUACCGACCGGAGCUCGUCCACGCAGACUUGUUAGCAAUAUUCCUGAACGUAGCGAGUGUUCUCAGCUAUCUCGCGCGCGAACGUGUGGACCCGUUGCUCGUGUUCGCAACCUUCGAGCUCGGUUGUGUGGCGGACGCGACGAAUGGACUGCUGAGUGUGAGCCCUGGUUUGGCGGGGCUCUUGCCGCUCAUCGUGAUGAAGCUGACUCGCGUCCGAUUCACGAACAUUUUCGUCUACGAGAUCGUGGAGAAAAACUCGGUGAAGGAAACUGCAAGCUCAGCCGCAGCUUCGGCGAGAAGUCGAUGA